GGAACUACAGGAUGAGAUGAGCUCGUGCUGGCUGUCACUGCCGCCGCCCAAUAGACACCCGCAAACCAGAGCGCGAGCAGGACGACCUCUUCCUAAUCAAGAGGCCGAAGUGUGCGCCUGUACCUGACCUAAAUUCGGCUUGGAUGCUUUAGCAACAAUCGUCAGACUGAGCAAGCGAGAGAGGAGAGAGCGUGGGACAGAGACGGAAAUUUGGGAUACAGCUCUCGCGCGCCCCGGCUCUCGGUCUUGCAAUGGGAUGCACGUUAAGUGCAGAGGAGCGCGCGGCUCUGGACCGGAGCAAAGCGAUCGAGAAAAAUCUGAAGGAAGACGGACUAAGCGCAGCCAAAGAAGUAAAAUUACUUCUUCUGGGCGGAGGGGAGUCGGGGAAGAGCACCAUCGUCAAACAGAUGAAGAUUAUCCAUGAAGAUGGCUUCUCUGGAGACGAUGUAAAGCAGUUUAAACCUGUGGUCUAUAGCAACACCAUUCAGAGUCUCGCCACCAUCUUGCGAGCAAUGGAAACUCUUGGUAUAGAGUACACAGACAAGGACAGAAAUGCAGAUGCUAAGCUUGUAUUUGAUGUGGUUAGUCGUAUGGAAGACACAGAGCCAUUUUCAACAGAACUGCUGGCUGCCAUGACGCGUCUGUGGACUGAUGCUGGAACUCAAUCUUGCUUUGGCCGCUCACGAGAGUAUCAGCUAAACGACUCCGCCCAGUAUUACCUAGACAGUUUGCAGCGCGUUGGAUCUCCAGAUUACCUCCCCACUGAACAGGAUAUUCUCCGAACCAGAGUCAAAACUACUGGCAUCGUUGAGACAAAUUUUUCCUUCAAGAACCUUAACUUUAGGCUGUUUGAUGUGGGGGGACAGAGAUCAGAGAGGAAAAAAUGGAUUCACUGCUUUGAGGAUGUGACCGCCAUUAUCUUUUGUGUGGCACUGAGUGGAUAUGACCAAAUGCUCCAUGAAGACGAAACAACGAACCGUAUGCAUGAGUCUCUGACGCUCUUUGACUCUAUAUGUAACAAUAAGUUCUUUGUUGACACAUCCAUCAUCCUUUUCCUAAAUAAGAAGGAUCUUUUUGGAGAAAAGAUUUCAAAAUCUCCACUGACUAUCUGCUUCCCAGAAUACACAGGCCCAAAUACAUUCGAAGCCGCUACUUCAUAUAUACAGGUUCAGUUUGAAAGUAAAAAUCGCUCUCCUAAUAAAGAAAUCUACUGUCAUCUAACCUGCGCUACAGACACAGGAAACAUCCAAGUGGUCUUUGAUGCUGUCACUGACAUCAUCAUCGCCAAUAACCUGCGUGGUUGUGGCCUCUACUGAGCACCGACUCCCCUUGUUACCCUUCGAAAUGGUAACAAGUGACUGAACUGACACCCCUGUGAUUUUGGCCAAGGCACUCCCUUAUUUAAUUUCACUCUAUCAAUUUUUGUCUUUUUUUCAGAAUAUUUAUACCUUAUUUUCCUAUGUAGUUUGUCAGUAAAUUGCUGGAGUAAAUACUGUAUGGGUUUGCAUGUAUAGUAAAAAUAUUAGUGUUUGGUCGGGCGUAGAUGCUUUAAGCCUGAGUGCAUGUGUGUGAGUGGAAGUCAUAACGAGUGAGAGUGUUUGCCAGUUGAUAACACACAAAGGUUCUCUGCUGUGUAAAAGACUUCUAAGUGCUGGCAUAAUCUAAUAAAAUGAUCUCAGAGUCCCAGAAGGAUCAGUGACUCUUGCAGGCUAAAGGUCUAAAAAUAUUGAGUGACUGAGAGCAAGAUAUAUCGUGAAUCAUUUAGAAGAGCUGAAUGUCAUUUCAGAAACUGAAUGUUGUCCAGGGGCAGCUCUUAAGUCCAAAGUUGUUUGGGACCUGGCAUCACCCCUUUUUGGGUCUCUGCUCACUGGCUUCAGGCUGUGCAAUAAAAUGCCUUUCAGCAAAUGAAGCCUCUUACAAAGUGUGAUGUUGACAACAUUCUCACUCAACAUGAGCACAAAUAGUUCCAAAUCUUUUCAGUUGUUCAUUUCUGUAUAAAUUAUUCUGUAGUUUAAUUAUUUAUAUAACUAUUUACAUAUUUUGUAUCGCCCCACACUUUGUGCACCCUAUCAGUGUCUGGCUAGGAAUACAAACAUACUAGCUUACAGACUUUAGAUGGAGAGCAGCAUAAAUAUUAAAGGGAUUCUCCACCCCAAAAUGAAAAUUUUGUCAUUAAUCACUUACCCCCAUGUCAUUCCAAACCCAUAAAAACUUUGUCUUUGGAAGACAAUUUAAGAUAUUUUGGAUGAAAACUGUUAGACUUGUGUCUGUCCCAUUCACUGCCAAGUAAAAUACACUGUAAAAGUCCAGAAAAGUAUGAAAGACAUCGUCAGAAUAGUCCAUCUGCCAUCAGUGGUUCAACCGUAACAUUAUGAAGUGACGAGAAUACUGUUUGUACACAAAGAAAACAAAAAUAAUGACUUUAUUCAAAAAUUGUCUCCUUUCUUUAUGUACAAACAGUAUUCUCGUCACUUCAUAAAAUUCAGAUUGAACCACCGAUGGCAGAUGGACUAUUCUGUCUUUCAUACUUUUCUGGACCUUGACAGUGUAUUUUACUUGGCAGUGAAUGGGACAGUCACAGGCCUCCCGGUUUUCAUCCAAAAUAUCUUAAAUUGUGUUCCCAAGAUGAACUAAGCUUUUACAGGUUUGGAAUGACAUGGGGGUAAUGGAUUAAUGACCAAAUUUUAAUUUUGAGGUGGAGUACCCCUUUGAGAUAGUAAUUCGGAUUCAUAUAUAACUGAAUUACUGGACGAUUGAGCUAUUGCUUCUUUUUAUCCCAGUCUCUUUAACUGAAGACAUAAUGACGUGUGAGAGUGUGUACAAAAGUGUGCGCGUGUGUAAUGCAUGCACACUCUUUAUUCAACCAUGUCCUGUUACUUAACCCAGAUUUUUGUUCCUCAUUUUCUCUGCUGUGGAAGGUUUUUUUUUUUUGGUGCAUUGAAUGUCCUCUUUUCCUCCCUUGGGGUCAUACUGACCUGUACUGCUGGGUUUAGUGUUCUGACCGACCAAUGAAAUGUUUACAUUAAAAAAAGAAAACACUUCAGCACCAA